UGUGCCACAUGUUGCAAAUAUGAAAUUGAAUUUUCCCCUGGAAAUGAAUUUCUAGACACUCAACUGUGUAAGAAUUCUAGUCAGCUUCGCAGUCUUGAGGGCAAGGAGUUGUCUGAAAAUGUGCCUAGUGGAAAGGACAAAAGUUGUCCUGAAGUCGAAGAAGCUAUGUCAUUACAACAAAUAACAACAAAAGUAAGCCGGAGUGGUAGUUCGUGUUCAAAGAGACCAAGGAUGUCUAAAUCAGAAAAGUUCUCAAGCCUGAAUAAACUAGAGGAGUCAAGAGAUGCUUCUGAAAGGCUUGGAUCAGACCACAUAAAGAAGAAAAGUCAAUUUCCAAAGCAAAAGAGCCAUUCUACCAAGUGUGGAGAGAAAAGGAACAUCAAGGUGGCUUCUUCUACGGCUAAGUGCGGUUCUUCUUUGAAAUCAGGUGCCACAAUCUUUGUUUCUGCUUAUGGAGGGAAAAACUUGUUUGGGUUAUAUGGUCUGAAGCAUGAUAUUCAUGAUGUGACAAAACUUAUGGAUGUGCCAUCGUUGGAUGGACUACUUAGGGGAACUUUUGACUGCCUUAGUUUGAGUGAAGAUGUAAGGAAGAAGACAUCAAAUACAAGUGGAAGUAUUUUUGAUUCAGUUAGAAAGGCUUGCUCUCUCCUUCAGUUACCAAAGUCUGUCCAAUCCAAAAAUAUGGAUGACAUUGAUAGUUCCUUAUACAAGAUGUCUGAUAGCCAAAUGAGUUUAUUUAGUGCUGUAGAAAGCAAUGGUAUCAAGGAUAAAGAGCAGUCUUGCACAUCAGACAUGUCUGCAUGCCACAAGGAUCUUUGUACUGAAAACAAAAAUUCCUCUAGUCUACUUGACUUUCCAUUAUAUCAACCGAAGGAUGUCUUGGAACGGAUUGCAGUCCCUCGAUCCCAGGACUUGGAUUCUCUGUUCCCUGAUGAGUCCAAGCCUGUUGUUCCAAAAAAGAAUAGUAAUAAUCUACGUUCUGGCAAGCAGGUAUCUGAUCAACCAAGCUUGCCAACUUUCCCAUGGUCACAUGCUUUUGGAAGCCAUUCUAGAACUAAUUCAGACAUAGUUAAGUUAUCAACAAGUAGAAGCACGUGUCAAGGUAAAUGGGCACGGAUAGAUUUAAUUGCUAACUCUACUGAUAUCAGUCGUGGUUGUUUUACAAACCUUGAUUCAUUCAGUUAUGAUCAGAGCCUUGUUCCUUCAACCAGUAGUUCAAGCCAUAAAGAUUGCCCAUCUUUAUUUGCUAUUCUUCCUUUCUGUCAGUGGAAUUCCUCAUCUUCUGUAACACGCCCUAAAGAUUUCGAGGCUACUACAGAUGGGCACUGUCCAAGAUUAUUAGAAGCUGCAGAAAUUCUGUGUGAAAUAGCAACAAACUCUCCAGGACAUAACCCAUAUGAAAUCAUGAGGUCACAGAAGAAGACUUUACAUAAGAACAUGAAAGGUAAAAACUUGAAGCCAAUUGCAAACCAUGAAGAAAUGUCUUCAGCACCAACUUCAGUGGUUGGAUCCAACCCGAUGGCCAGAUCUGUUGACGAAAUAAUUCCUGCAAAAAAGCCACGGGUUUCCACAGUCGAGUACAGGAAUGGUGUUCGUUCACAUUAUGAUAAGAAGGGACCCUAUUCUUCAAAAUCAAGUAUGCCAUUACCCAGUAAACCGGUUAGGGACUUGAUUAAAGAAAACAAGCACUCGACAGCUACCAUACUGAAGGAGCUUACUAUGAUGCACCCAACUAAUCGGAUUUUGGAUAAGGGUAAGGCUUAUGUUAGUCAAUUCAAGGUUAAAAAAUUAGGAUUAGUGGAUUGGAAACGGGGAAAGGACAAGUGAGAUUGAUCAAGCCUUAUCUCAUGUAGAAACAUCUAUUGCUGUGACAGCUGUUGUGAUUACCGAAAGUUAGAUUUAGUCAUUGGCUGCUUUGUAUAUUAUCCUUAUGGCUGCAAUCAGAUUGUUGCAGAGAUUAUUUUCAAGGGAAAACUCGUUUCAAAUGUUGUAAUUAACUGUAGGUGUACAGAAAACAUCAUUCUUUGUUCAAUGUAAUGUAGAGCAUUUGAGGCAACAGUAGCAAGCAGAUUCUCUGUUUUUGCGCGUGCUUAUGUAGGAUGACUUUAUGUAACAGACAUGCCAUAGCAUGCCACUACUGUAUUAUUUCUCAUCAUAAGUAAUUGCUCAGUGCUGGAGUGACUUACGGUACCGUGGGUAGUCAGUCGGUGCAUACUUACUGAUUAGAGACGUGAUACAUGAAUGUGACCAUAACUUUUAGCUUCGUGUGUUAUCUAAAAACCAGUAACAUUUUUCUCCUGUAGUUUGCCGGAGUCUCAUAAUUUGAA